AUGGCAGUUGCAAAUCAUUUUGAUCCAGUUAAUAGAAGUGUGAAGGAUGAAGCCCAAAAGAAAUUGAUUGGGAUUGAUGAAGAAUUCUUUGAUUCUAUCUUCAAAUUGGAAAAGAUUCUUCCUAGAAUUGACAGCACUACUCAAACUGGGUUUGUUAAAAGGCGAUAUAUUCUGGAAAACCUAAUUACCUAUUGGGAGUCACUCCACUGGGCUAAGGAAUCAAGAAAAAAUGGGGCCAUGCUUCUUAUAGAUUUUGAGAAAGCCUAUGCCAGAAUUGAAUGGGAAUAUAUUAUUCAGAUGCUCCAUUCAUUAGGGUUUCCUGCUGAAUUUUGCAGAAUGGUUAAAACUUUGUUAAGUGAUGCCAAUGCCUCUGUAGAAGUUCAUGGUAUAAGAUCUCCCAACUUUGCUCUCACUAGAUUAAUUAGGCAGGGAUGUCCCCUUGCCCUUGCCUUAUUUGUCCUUGUUGUUGAUGCUAUGUUCUAUAUCCUAAAGGAUUUCUCUAUCACUCCACCUGUUAAAGCAAUCUCCCUUCCUAACAGAGAUGAAAUUGUUAAUAUUCAAUUUGCAGAUGACACUGCAAUUUUGCUUAACCUAGAAGAGGAUAACCUUGAUGCACUUUUGAAAAAUAUUGAACUCUUCUGCCUAGCAUCUGGUAGUAGAAUUGCUUUGCAUAAAUCCAGUCUUCUUGGCUAG